CCCUCUGUAUGCAUGAUCUUAAACAAGGGUUAAAGAAUUGACAUUUUCUUUAUGUCAAGAAUCACAGAUCUUCCUUCCUGAAGAUUUAACCUUGGGAUUUAGUCUGAGAACAAUUUAAAUAAGCAGGCUAAAUAUUGGAUGUAUUAAACCUUCUGUUUCUUUUUUCAACACAGCUGAAUAACAGUAUUCUUCAUAGUAAAACUAUUAUGCAUACUGCUCUUGAAAUUCUUGAAGAGCUAGUUAUUUUGGGGCAGAUAAUUUUUUUGAGUUACAGAAUUAAUGUUUCUUUUCAAGGAUGAGUAAAAGCCUGCUUUUUUAGCUUGUUUUCCUUGUGACUUUCUGCAGCAGUUGAUAUUGCAGUAUUGCUGCUGCAGUCAUUGGAAGCUUUAACCAUGGUAGAGCCAAAAAAUAUUUCAGCACUAAUUUUUGUGUUUGCUUGGUGUUGGUUUAAGAUUGGUAGGGGAAAGUAUUGUGGACAGCCUUGUAAAAAGGUCCAGGGGUUAUUAUCAGCUUAAAGUUAUAGUAAAUGCUGAUGUAUCCAAAUCAUUUUCCAUUUCCUGAGUCAUGUAGCCUAUGAAACAGUACUGAACGUUUCUUUGUUGUGUCAUGAUUCUCUUCUGAUUUAGACGGUAAGGCUGAGUGGGUAACUAUCUGGACCUACGUGUUUGUACAUACUUUUAUGUCAAGAUCUAGUUAAACCUUAGGAAGCCUGCUUUGCUUUUUUUUUUUUUUUAGUUCGUUUUGUGGUACUGGGGAUUGAACCCAGGGCCUCAGACAUGCUAGGCAAGUGCUCUAUCACUGAGCCAUACCCCUAAUCCUGGGAAGUUUCUUUCAAUGCCCAGUUUUAACCAGAUUUUAAAAAUGUGGUUGACUUUAUCUCCCCUCAACCUGUCUUUUCUUUUCACUCUUUCUUUCAGCUAGGAAGGUAGUAAAGAAGGGCCAGUUGCUAGUAUCUUCACCAUUUUUCUUUUGAAUAUAUGCAUUUGAUCACAAGUGUGAUAAGGUGAAUUUGCCUGGGUCAGCACAAAUUCCCUACCACUAUGAGAACUAGUCAAAGUGGGACUAUUAAUGGAGAUUCAUUAAUGGCUUUCCUCAGAUAGAGAAACUACAUAUAUGUAAACCUAUAUUCUCUAGCUUAACUACUAUUCCUCUUUAAUUUUGAAUACCUGGAAGUACCAGUGCUUUCAUUUCAAGCUUCUGGGAAAGCAUUUUUAGACUCUAAAGCAAUAUAGGAGGAACCUGAGAAAUGCUUGACAAAUAUACUGGGUUUAUGUUAUCAUUAUGGCACUGAAAAUGCAAUUUAUUUUUCAUGUAUUUCUUUAAAUAAAAUAUCAAGUUUAAUAUGAAAAAUAAUAAGUUGUGGCUACUAUAACAUUAGAAAGGAAUUCUUUUACAUUUGUGCUUCCUUUAGGAAACUGUCAUAUAAUUCAGCAGGUAAUUGAACUAAUAAGUUUAAUUAUGAGGUUAGAGCAGAACUUGAAACCUUGACACCAUUGAUAUUGAUUUGUGCCAGAUAAUUUUUUUGUUGUGAGGGGCUAUCCUGAGCAUUAUGGGUUGUUUAGUGACAUUAUUGGCCUCUAACAAAAGAUGCUGGUCCACCUCACUCUUAACUCCCCAAGUUGUGAUAACCCAAACUGUCUCCAGACAUUGCCAGAUGUCUCUGGAGGACAAAAUUGCCCAAAUGAACACCACAUAUGAUUGACUAAGCUCAAACUGGAAGAUUAUAAAGAUCGUCUGAAAAAUGGAGAGCAACUUAAUCCAGACCAGUUGGAAGCAGUAGAGAAAUAUGAAGAAGUGCUACAUAAUUUGGAAUUUGCCAAGGAGCUUCAGAAAACCUUUUCUGGACUAAGUCAAGAUCUACUGAAAGCUCAGAAAAAGGCCCAAAGAAGGGAGCACAUGCUAAAACUUGAGGCUGAGAAGAAAAAGCUUCGAACUAUACUUCAAGUUCAGUAUGUAUUGCAGAAUCUGACACAGGAUCAUGUACAAAAAGACUUCAUAGGGGGCUUGAAUGGUGCAGUGUAUUUGCCUUCAAAAGAACUUGACUACCUCAUUAAAUUUUCAAAACUGACCUGCCCUGAAAGAAACGAAAGUCUGAGUGUUGAAGACCAGAUGGAACAGUCAUCCUUGUACUUUUGGGACCUUUUGGAAGGUAGUGAGAAAGCAGUGGUAGGAACGACAUACAAACACAUGAAAGAUCUACUGUCUAAAUUGCUGAACUCAGGUUAUUUCGAAAGCAUCCCUGUUCCCAAAAAUGCUAAGGAAAAAGAAGUAUCCUUGGAGGAAGAAAUUCUAAUACAAUCAGAAAAGAAAAAUCAAUUAUUGAAGACUGAAUCUAUCAGAGAGUCAGAGUCUCUCAUGGAACUUGCACAGCCAGAGAUACAACCACAGGAGUUUCUUAACAGACGCUAUAUGACUGAAGUGGAUUAUUCAGGCAAACAAGAUGAAGAGCAAUCUUGGGAAGCAGAUUAUGCUAGGAAACCAAAUCUCCCCAAAUGUUGGGAUAUGCUUACUGAACCAGAUGGUCAAGAGAAGAAACAGAAAUCCUUCAAGUCCUGGGAGUCUCCUGUUAAGCCACAGGAGACACCAAAGCCUGCAGUUUCCUUAGAUCAGAGGAAACAAGAGAUUCCAAAACUCAGGUCAACUUUGCAGGAAGAGCAGAAGCAGCUGGAGAUCUCUAAAUCCAAACCACCUUCCAGCCAGUGGAAGCAAGAAACUCCAAAGUCUAAAGCAGGAUAUAUUCAAGAGGAGCAGAAGAAGCAGGAGACACCAAAGCCUUGGCCAGUUCAGCUGCAUAAAGAACAGGAUCCAAAGAAGCAAACUCCAAAGUCCUGGACACCUUCUGUGCAGAGUGACCAGAAUGUCAGCAAGUCAUGGUCCACUACCAUGUGUGAAGAGCAGGAUGCAAAACAGCCAGGGACUCCAAAAUCUUGGGAAAGCAAUGCUGAGAGUCAAAAACACUCUUUAACAUCACAAUCACAGAUUUCUCCAAAGUCCUGGGGAGUAGCCACAGCAGGCCUCAUACCAAAUGACCAGCUCCUGCCCAGGAAGUUUAAUACAGAAUCCAAAGAUGUGCCUAAGCCCAUGCCUCAGCCUGUAGGUUCUUCCUCUGCUCUUCCAAAGGAUCCAGUAUUGAGGAAAGAAAAACUGCAGGAUCUGAUGACCCAGAUUCAAGGAACUUGUAACUUUAUGCAAGAGUCUGUUCUGGAUUUUGACAAACCUUCAAGUGCAAUUCCAUCAUCACAGCCGCCUUCAGCUUCUCCAGGUAGCCCAGUAGUAUCUACAGAACAAACUCUUUCCAGUCAAAGUGAUUUUCUUCAAGAGCCAUUACAGGCUACUGCUUCUCCAGUUACUUGUAGCUCAAAUGCUUGCUUGGUUACUGCUGAUCAGGCUUCAACGGGAUCUGAAACAGAAUUUGUGACCUCAGAGACUCCUGAGGCAGCAGUUCCCCCAAGCAAGCCACCGUCUUCACUAGCUGCUCCAAGUCCUUCCAUGGCAAAGGGUUCUGAACAGGGCUUCCAGUCACCUCCAGCAAGUACUAGUUCAAUAACCAUUAACACAGCACCCUUUCAAGCCAUGCAGACAGUAUUUAAUGUUAAUGCACCUCUGCCUCCACGGAAAGAACAGGAAAUUAAAGAAUCCCCUUAUACACCUGGCUACAAUCAAAGUUUUACUACAGCAAGUACACAAACGCCACCCCAGUGCCAACUGCCAGCAAUACAUGUAGAACCAACUGGCAUGUCUCAAGAAACUGCUUCAAAUUAUCAUCCUGAUGGAACUGUUCAAGUAAGCAAUGGUAGCCUUGCCUUUUACCCAGCACAGACGAAUGUAUUUCCCAGACCUGCUCAGCCAUUUGUCAACAGCCGGGGAUCUGUGAGAGGAUGUACUCGUGGUGGGAGAUUACUGACCAAUUCAUAUAGGUCCCCUGGUAGUUAUAAAGGUUUUGAUACUUACAGAGGACCACCUUCAAUUUCCAAUGGAAAUUAUAGCCAGCUGCAGUUCCAAGCUAGAGAAUAUCCUGGAACACCUUACUCCCAAAGGGAUAAUUUCCAACAGUGUUAUAAGCGAGGAGGGACAACAUCUGGUGGUCCUCGGGCAAAUUCAAGAGCAGGGUGGAGUGAUUCUUCUCAGGUGAGCAGCCCAGAAAGAGACAACGAAACCUUUAACAGUGGUGACUCUGGACAAGGAGACUCCCGUAGCAUGACCCCUGUGGAUGUGCCAGUGACAAACCCAGCAGCCACCAUACUGCCAGUACACGUCUAUCCCCUGCCUCAGCAGAUGAGAGUUGCCUUCUCAGCAGCCAGAACCUCUAACCUGGCCCCUGGAACUUUAGACCAACCUAUUGUGUUUGAUCUUCUUCUGAAUAACUUGGGGGAGACUUUUGAUCUUCAGCUUGGUAGAUUCAAUUGCCCAGUGAAUGGCACUUAUGUUUUCAUUUUCCAUAUGCUAAAGCUGGCAGUGAAUGUGCCACUGUAUGUCAACCUCAUGAAGAAUGAAGAGGUGUUGGUAUCAGCCUAUGCCAAUGAUGGUGCUCCAGACCAUGAAACUGCUAGCAAUCAUGCAAUUCUUCAGCUCUUCCAGGGAGACCAGAUAUGGUUACGUUUGCACAGGGGAGCAAUUUAUGGAAGUAGUUGGAAAUAUUCUACAUUUUCAGGCUAUCUUCUUUAUCAAGAUUGAGUCAGUUCAGAAUUGACAAAGGAUGGUGUUCGAAUUAGUGGGGUUGGAGAAAAUGUAGUCCUUGCCCUGGUGACUGAUUGGUUUAAGAAAAUGUUUUCAUUCCUAGAGGAAGGUGGAGGUCCUUACUUUUUUGUUUUCCUCUCUAGGUGAAAAAGUUCAAGCUGAAUGACAAUUAGCACUAAUCUGGCACUUUAUAAAUUGUGAUGUAGCCUUGCUAGUCAAGCUGUGAAUGUAUAUUGUUUGCACUUAAUCCUUAACUGUAUUAACGUUGAGCUUACUAAACUGACUGCCUCAAGUUCAGGCAAGUUACAAUGCCUUGUUGUGCCUCAAUAAAAAAGUUACUUGCACCUUCA